CCUCGUGACGCCACCGAGGCUGGGCUCAGAGGGCUCCGAUCAUAAUAUUUAACACACCCACCCUGGAUGAACACUUGGAAGGAAGACAAGGCGGUGUAAACGGGUGGGGGGGGGACAAAUGACAACCAGGAUCCCUGCACCUGCCAGCCAGUCUCUGAUUUGACUUCAGCGAGGCUUUGCAGACAGCAGGAGCGGGACAGCAUCCAAGCAUCUCAGCGGAUCACCUGUUCUUUUUUAUGGAAUUUCCACUUUCUUUCUUUUUUUUAAUUAUCAGUUCAUCCUAAAUACAAGGAAGGCUGUGAUUUUUGGGGGGACUAUAUUGAUCUCUCUUGUCACUUUUUCAGUUAUGACACAUUUGACAGCUCACUCCGUGCUGGCAGCAACACAAGGAAGCAGAUUUGAGGAAGAAUAUCGGUGCUUUUAACAGGACCCCCUCUCCCUCCCUCCUUCCUGAUACCUCUUCUUAACGAUUUAUUUAGUGGUCCGUCCUCCUGACACUGUAUCCUGCUCAACAAGGCAAUGAAUGAAGAGCACUUCUUGAGCCGCUGCCAGUGAAGUGUCCAGAGCUCACAAUGUGUCCACCUGUCUGGGGAUGAAGAAUCUGGACUAUUGUAACAAAAAAAAAUAAUAGUAAUAAAGACAGACCACAUCAUGGAGUUGUUAACAUAGGCUGACACGCAUUAUGUGUGCCAUGAUCACAGUAAAUCUUCAAGCCAACAUCGCUGCUUUGUCAUCGCAUAACAGUGUUGGACAUCAAUGUCGGUGCCGUAAGGUGCGCUGCGCUUAAAGCUUACUCUGCGUAAAGACAAAAAAAAUACACAAAGAUGAUAUUGUUUCGUAAAUUCAGAGUGUUCAUACUCAUGGUGUUUUUGGUGGCGUGCACCAUGCACAUUAUGAUAGACUUGUUACCGAAACUCGAGAAGCGGGCGGCGGGAGCGGACAGCGGGGACGGCGGCUGUCAGUGCGCUCACCACCCGGGCGGGGAGUCGCAGGGCUGGGGGAAGCAGCGCGCCAUGUCGGCGGCUGAAGCGGGCUGGCCUAACAAGCACACGCUGAGAAUCCUGCAGGAUUUCAGCAACGAGCCGAGCUCCAACCUCACGUCGCACUCCUUGGAAAAGAUCACAGCAGCCGUGGACAGAGCGGAGUCCUUCAGGCGGAUGAGACCGUCGGCGGGGAAGGCGGAGGACCACAAGCCGCUCAUCGGAGACGCGAGCGGGGGUCGGACCGUCCCUGCUCACGGUGGCUCCCGGCUGUCUGCUCUGUUUGAGCAUCCUUUAUACAAGGUUGACCUUCCUUCCCUCACGGACGAUGACACUUUGUUUAACGUGAACACAGACAUCAGGUUUUACCCCAGAGCAACAGGGAACCAAGCAUGGCACAAUGAGGAGGGGAACGAUGAGGAGGAGGAGUUCUCUCCUACAGGAGAGGUGACGGCGGAAUCUUACCCCAACUGGUUACGCUUCCACAUCGGCAUCAACCGCUACGAGCUGUACUCCAGACACAGUCUGGUGCUGGAUGCUCUGCUGAAGGACCUGGUCACGCAGAGGAUCACCAGCGUGGCCAUGAAAUCAGGAGGCACCCAGCUGAAGUUGAUCAUGACUUUCCAGAACUAUGGACAAGCGCUGUUCAAGCCCAUGAAGUAA